AUGGCUGAAAAUCGUUUCAGAAAUGUUAGAAAAGCCCAAAAGCCAGCCCAGUGAAAGCACACGUCACCCUCUGAGUCUUCUCUCUCUCUCCCUGAAGAUUUCAGAAAAGGGCCGGCGACCCGGCUUUUUCCACCUUCACGAAAAAGCUUCGCCGCCACCUCCUCUACCAAACCCACCCCACCACCGGCCCGGAACACCCCCACAGAAGGCGGCAGAACGCUCGAAAACGGGCGGAGUCGCACCACCGUUGCCCCCGCUGUCGAGGUUGUUUCUGGCCAAUUUCGGUCACCUCUGUCGGCGAUCUUUCUUGCAAAAGGUAGAUCUCGUCCUCCUCUAUCGUUCCCUUAGAGGACCCGACCCAGGCAAGUUGUGUGUAUUGAAUACCUGGAUACAUAAUCAUAGAAGAAUUGUCAGAAGGAUUCUUGGAUUGCAAUGGCAGCUUCUGCAAAGACUCUAACUGCUGAAAGCCAUACUUUAAAUGGAGACUGGACAGUUGUUUCAUCUCGUCGUGGAAGACAAAGAAAAAAUCCUCCAAAAAUUACAAUUCGAGUACAGAAGCAACCAUCGCAUUGGGCUCCAACUGAUCUUGAAAUCAAUUUCGCCCGUGAAUCAAAAUUAAUGCAGAAGAUCCAGAUCUGUAUGAAGAAAUUGGAGAUGUCUCAAUUCUUUCUUAAUUUACUGGAUGAAAUCCAAACUCCAGAAAUGAUGAAUUACUUCCAUAGGGUUUUGAGCUCGGAGUUGAAGAUGAAGAUGGUUAUAUAUGGCAUAGGCAGCAUCGAAUCAUAUGAAUCCCCUCGUUUGCAGUUGAGCCUUGCCAUCUUGCUGAAGAGAAAGUUCAAUUGGAUUGGAGAUAUAGAGGUCUUUGAUCCCAUUCUUUCUGCCACAGAAUCUCGGGUUUUGGAAGCUCUCGAAUGCUCUGUGUUAUCGAUAAAUGAACAAGGUCGGCGUCAGGCUGAGAAACCAACAAUGUUCUUCAUGCCACAUUGCGAGGCAGAGCUAUAUGAUAAUCUUCUACAAGCGAAUUGGGAAGCACGGCUUUUGAAUUGUACAGUAUUGUUUGGGAACAGCUUUGAGACAUACGAACAGCAUCUAUCAGAGUAUAAGAACUCAGCUAUUGUUGAUUCGACAAAGCAUAUCUUGGCUGUUCGAAAAUUCACAGAUGAGUUUAGGAUUAAGACAAUUUCAGAUACUUAUUUCAGUGCCUUUCAUGAUUCGAGUUGGCAUUUUUUCAGGCCUGUCCUUGAGACAGAGCUGCAGUUGAGCAAUUUGUAAUUGUGAGUUGAGAAAUUUCCUGAUGAUUGAAACGUAUUAUCAUUUUUAGUACUCCAUGUCCUGUUGAAAAAGUUUCUAGUGUUGGUA